AUGCUGUCGGUAAUUGCUCGAGGACCCGGACGUAUUGUUGCGACCAGGGCUUUGUCGUCUGCCGCAUCCAUCGAUGCAGCGGCACAACUCGCUGAUUCGCAGUUACCUAUGGAUGAACAGCUAAAUCCAUCAUUCUUUGCUAUGGUUGAUUAUUAUUUCAACCGUGGCGCUGCAAUUAUUGAGCCAAAAUUAGUUGAAGAAAUAACAUCACAAAAUAUGACCAAGAAUGACAAAAAAAAUCUAGUCAAAGGUAUUCUGGCGUCAAUAAAGCCGGUCAACAAAAUUCUAUAUAUCACCUUCCCGAUUCGUCGUGAGAACGGACAAUAUGAAAUUAUUGAAGCAUGGAGGUCUCAACAUAGUGAACAUCGCACACCGUGCAAGGGUGGCAUCCGUUAUUCCAUGGAUGUAUGUGAAGAUGAAGUUAAAGCCCUGUCAGCGCUUAUGACUUACAAGUGUUCUGUUGUCGAUGUCCCAUUCGGUGGAGCCAAAGGUGGCGUCAAAAUUGACCCUCGCCAGUACAGUGAGUAUGAAAUUGAAAAGAUUACACGUCGUGUUGCUAUUGAGUUUGCUAAAAAAGGCUUUCUGGGACCUGGUGUUGAUGUUCCAGCCCCAGAUAUGGGUACUGGUGAACGUGAGAUGGGUUGGAUUGCUGAUACCUAUGCACAAACAGUGGGCCAUCUUGAAAAAGAUGCAGCCGCUUGCAUUACUGGGAAACCUAUUGUUGCUGGAGGUAUUCACGGGCGUACAUCAGCCACCGGACGCGGAGUAUGGAAAGGUACUGAAGUUUUUAUCAACGAUGAAGAGUACAUGUCAAAGGUUGGGCUUUCAACUGGAUUCACGGGCAAAACCUUCAUAAUACAGGGAUUCGGUAAUGUCGGUCUGCAUACUAUGCGGUAUUUCCAUCGUGCUGGUGCAGUCUGCAUUGGUGUACAGGAAUGGGAUUGCGCUAUCUACAACCCAAAGGGUAUCCACCCGAAAGAACUCGAGAAUUGGCGAAUUGAACAUGGAACAAUCAAAGGCUUCCCAGGGGCUCAAGCAUUCGAACCAUUCACUGAUCUCAUUUAUGAGAAAUGUGAUAUUUUGGUUCCAGCCGCUUGUGAAAAAACUAUCCACAAAGGCAACGCUAAUAAGAUUCAAGCUAAAGUGAUUGCUGAAGCUGCUAAUGGACCAACAACACCGGCUGCUGACAAGAUUCUGCUAGCUCGCGGAAACUGCCUGAUUAUUCCGGAUUUGUAUGUUAACAGCGGUGGUGUAACAGUUUCAUAUUUCGAAUGGUUGAAAAACCUUAACCACGUCAGCUUUGGUCGUUUGACAUUCAAAUACGAAAAAGACUCUAACUACCACCUGCUUGACAGUGUGCAAGAAUCACUGAAACGUUCGCUGAACAAGGAAGUCAAGAUUGAACCAACUGCUGCAUUCCAAGCCCGUAUUGCUGGAGCUUCAGAGAAAGAUAUUGUCCACUCAGGUCUCGAAUUCACUAUGCAACGGUCCGGUGAAGCUGUUCUACAUACAGCCCACAAGUACAACUUAGGUCUCGAUCUCCGCUCAGCCGCAUAUGCAAACUCAAUUGAGAAGGUCUACAGGACCUACAGAACUCUCGGAUUCACCUUCACAUAA